AGGUCACGGUGAGGAGCAAAGGCGCAGACACACUGCAGCUGUUGACACGCGGGACCCUUCACGGCCGUAAAUUUCAGUCUCCCUAUUUUGUUCGCUCCGGCCGUUUUUUUGUGGGGUUCUUUUUUUUUUUUUUUUUGGUGACCCACUAUUGUGUCGCAGAACUCUGGCAAAACAUAUGGCGCGCGGGCACCGCAUAAAACAGCCUCGUCCACCGACCCCGUUAUUUCCACUCCAUAAAACAGAGCAAGGCCGACAGCACUUCAACCUCCCCCUUCCGUCUGCCACACUCACCCUUAUUUUACUGCGGUUUGUCUAAAAGCCCUUUCAUUUUUGAAACAAGCCUUUUAUUUCAGAGAAAACAUGCUGAUACGCCGACACUCGACCCUAUCCCUCCCUCCCUCCACCCUCACCCCAGAACAACCACACAACUACAAGAGCGGCUACACCACGGCGAGUCCCAAUAAAUGAGUACAAAUAAUAUUUGUGUAGCUAAUUAUCCAUAGUGCCAAUCCUGCCCAUAUCUGGAGCCGUCAUGUUUCUCACAAUUCAAGUCGUUGCUAAUUUAUCGUAAAAUUGAAACAGGCUGACUCGCGUGUGUGUACAUUGCUACACUCACAUUUGUAGAAUUAAUUAGUGCUUUAGCCAUGACGUGCAGCAUAAGUAUUUUAACGUGCAAACUGAUGGUGAAUUGCCAUACUACAUAUUUGCAUAGUGUCUAGGGGUGGUGUUUUAUGGCGUGUUCAUAUGCAAUUAUGGCGUCAAAAUAGACAUUAAAUUAAAUAUAGGGUAAAAAGACAUCAUUAAGUACGAUAUUUACCAGAUCCUAACUUUGUAUUGUUUUGCCGAACAGCGUGGUGCAAACCCAAUCGCAGUCACACUGAAGACUAGUCUUUCCUUAGGAGUGGGAGUGGCAUAACUCAAGAGCAAGUUCAGGCAACUCCCUACGCUAAUAUUUGAACUGUGAGGAUUCCUUUGGAAAUUACCUCACUUUAACAGUUUAUGAUCCGUGGCGUGUCGGACCCCGCGGAACGAGGCGCCGAAUUCUUGCGGCUCGGGGAUUUCCUUCAUCUUGGGUCUUAGACAAAACCACAGAGAGCAGCAGCUCGUGGGCGGCGCCGAGGUGCGUGAAGUGGAACUGAGGAGUAAAUUGAAAACUUCCCGCUCCAUCCCCGCCCUCCUCUGUGUUCGGUAGGGGUUGUGCAGGACCGCUGAAUGAAGGAGGAGUCACACACACACACACACACACACACCUCGCAAGCGGACGCACGAGAAGGAUGCUAUCACCGGCACUGCGAGACUGUGAAUCAUGACAUUUCUUUCAUGGACCAGAUGAAUAAUUUAAUCGUUUUGACUAUUUAAUCACUGUACAUUUUGACAUGUUCCUGGCGGUCUGUGUGCUCUGUUGGGCUUGAAAUGAGAUCUUAACAAGUUUUGACUUCUUGAACUUACCAUGCAGGACAGUCUGAGCUCGAAAGUAGACGCUGCUCCCAGCGCUUCCCAGGUAGCGAUUCGCGCGUGUCGCAAGAGCGAGUGGCUACAGAGCGCGUUAGCCCAUCAUUACGACCCGGAUCCCGGGGUGGAAAACGAGAUCGUGGUCCUCGCAACAGGCAUCGACCAGUACCUGCAGGAGAUAUUCCACCACCUGGCAUACCGCAACGGAUGCGACCUCGUCACCGCGGAGGAUUUCAGGCUACUGUGUCAAGUCCUGGGGCUUUUCGACUCCAGCGAUGGUGCGAAAGAGAAGGGAGACGCAGACGACACGGCGGCGAUUUUCUCCGGGCUGCCCACCCAGCUGCACUUCAAAGACUUUCACGCGCGGCUCUGCGGGCACUUCAGCCUGCGCGUGCGAAACGGCAAGCCAAACGCGCGCCUCCCCGUGACCGAGGAGACGGAGCACAUCGAGCGCGAGAUCAGGCUCCGGUGGCCGCGAGUGCGUAAGAGAAAGAGCGUCAGCUUCGACCUGUCCAAAGACGCUCUGUCGGACACAAGGCGAAUACCGAGACCUGCUUCCAUUCUGAAACUGGAAAAUCUCCACCACUGCGCCGGAGAGUUGGAGGAGAAGAGCCUGGCAGACUCCAGCCUACAGGGGGCAGCGCUACAGCAGGCGGAGAUGGAGAACGUGGGCCUCCGCGAGCUGGUGGAGGACCUGCGGGCGGCCCUGCAGGCCAGCGACGCCCGCUGCCUGGCGCUGGAGGUGACCCUGCGGCGGGAGAGGGGGGCGUGGCCUCGGGGGCGAGGGAGGGAGGAGCCCAGGGAGGCGAGGGCGGCGGAGUGGCCGGGGGCGGCGCCCGCGGCGGGAGUCCCCCGGGGCGCCAGGGACCUCCUGAGGGAGCUGGAGCUGAUUCGGGCGUCCCGCGACGGACAGCUGGCAGAGGCAAUGAGGUUCAACCAGCGGCUGGAGGCGGAGCUUGGGGCGGCCAAUGAGGAGAGCCGCAGGCUGGAGGGGGCGGUGCUGCGGCUGCAGAGGGAGAACGGGCAGAUGAAGAGGAAGGCGGAGGAGGCGCGGUCGGCGCUGUCCCGCGGGCUGGACCGGGUCCGGGAGAUCCAGGAGCAGGCCAGGCUGGUGCCACCCCUGCAGGCUCGGGUUCGACAGCUGGAGGCUGACAGACAGAGGGACAGGAGCCAGUGCACCUGCAGAGCAAACAGAGAUGAGUGGGACGGCCCAGCACCCAUGACCCGUGAACCCCGUCACAUCCCCCUACGCCACUCACCCACAGGAAGAGACGAGCCCUGCAGCAAAGGAGUGGAGGAAGGCCUCCAGAGGGCGGUAGAGGGUCGGGCUGCCUCGGAUGAGGAAGAGGAGGACAGGGGAAGCGAGGAAGGGCAGUGCUGUCUGGUGGAGGUGAAGAGGAUGCUGAACAGGCUACGCUGCUGUGCUAAAGGCUGCCAGAACACAGCCGCCCGUCACCUGCUCAUCUCACAGACCUGUUUCCAUGCCAACCCCCACGGUGGCAUCGCUGCAGCCGUGGAGCUCAGGGGGCGUGGCCACAAGGGCCACACCCAUCCGGAGGAGAGGGAGAGUGACCUGGACAAGUCCCUCAGUUCAGUGCAGUUCAGACAGGAGGAGGUGGAGAUGCUGAGGGUGGAGGUGCAGAUGGUGGAGACCGAGAGGGUCCGUCUGUCCCUGCUGGAGGAGAAGCUGACGGACGCACUGACGCUGCUGCUGCAGCUACGCGCCAAGGAUAUCUCUCGUAGAGCGUUGGGAAGCAUAUUAAUGGACACAUUGGACAUCAGCAGUAAAGCGGGUCAUGGCCCCUCCCACGCGCUGCAGGUGGUCGACGCCCUCUGCCAGCGGCUGCUCACCUGUGAGCUCCUCGCGGAGGGGGCGGGGCCUCAGACCGGCGCCGGAGCCCAGCGUGGAGGAGCCAACCCCCUGCUCAUCUCCUGCUGACGACCUCCGACCCUCUGAGUCCUGCUGAUGAACUUUGACCCUCUGAGUCCCCGCAGGGUGCGCCCCAAACCUCCCCUCACCCGGCCGGGGUUCCAGCAUCACAGCAAUGACCGCCCCACCUACACAGGACCUGCUUAGGAACACACACACAUGCGCACACGCACACACACACACACACACACACAUCCGCACGCACGCACGCACACACACACACGUACACACACACACGCAUGCACAUACUCACAGACACAUGCAGACACACAUGCACACACACAGGUAACACCCACACACGUACCACACUCACUCACACAGACACCACACAUACAUAC